CAAGGGCUUUCUGUCCUCCACGCAGGAUGGAAAACGAGUUCCCCACGCAUUGUGGAGGUCCGCUGUGAUUCUAGCAACAAACUACUCUUCCAGGCAAAAAAAAUAAAAAGCACGGGUUUUGGUGACAGGCACCAUGCGCAAUGACUGACUCUGACUCUGUGGUCGGGCCCAAGCUCUGCACAGACAUUUAGUCCGCAUCAUUUCCUGACAGCUCCCCGAGAGAGAGGAGAGAGAAAAAGCAGGGCUGGAUUAUCAGACUGUGAUACUGCAGCAUGACGGACACGGUGAUGAGCAGAAGCUCGGAUCGCUUGGUGUCCAACGACAGGCAGAGGAGCAUGCAUGCUGGGGAUAAAGAGCAGGGCAACUGGACCAUGCAGCCAGGCCCUGGUCCUGGUCCAGACCUGACAGAUGAAGAGAAAGAAAUUAUUAACAGUGUGAUCGCCCGUGCUGAGAAAAUGGAGGCCAUGGAGCAGGAGAGAAUUGGGCGCUUGAUAAACCGUCUGGACGACAUGAAGAAGACUGUGUGUGGGGAUGGACAGUCCCGCUGUUUGCUCUGUGGGGAGCAGCUGGGCUCACCUGGAGUCAGCUCAGUGGUGUGUGAGGACUGCAAAAAGAACAUGUGUACUAAGUGUGGUACACAGUGUAGCAGUCGUCCACGCGCUGUGUGGCUAUGCAAGAUCUGUAGAGAACAGCGAGAGGUGUGGAAGAGGUCUGGUGCCUGGUUCUUCAAAGGUUUUCCUAAGCAUUUCCUGCCAUCUCCCAUGCCAUUAUCUAAACAAAGAGAGGCAGGUGCCCCGGAUCAGGGGUUCCCGGACCAGGGGCCACCAACCACUGGGCCCAGGGUGGUAGUAAACCAACCACAACAGCCAGGACCGGAGCCACAGGGCCGUGAUAGUUACCCACCUGUGGCCCCUAAACCAUCAGUUGUGCGCAUGGCCGCGGGUGGGGCUGGCUCUGAAGAGGCGGGGCAGGGCAGCCCAGUGGUGAUGAAAAAGAUGGUGCCCGUCCAGAGCUCCAGACUACAGCCGGCUGCAUCGACAACCAUGGCCCAGCAGGUGGCAGGCGAUGGAGGGGCUUACUCCUCUGGUGGAGUUCCUCCUGAGCAGAGAGCUCCUCCUGCAGCAAGAGAGGACAGGAGGCAGCCCGCUGCCUACAGUGCUCCUCCUGCCCGGCAGCAACCUCCCCCAGCUGAGGAGGAGGAGGAGGCCAAUGACUAUGACUCUGAUGAAGCCACCACUCUGGGCUCUCUAGAGUUCAGUCUGCUCUAUGAACAGGAAAGCAACAGCCUCCACUGUAGCAUCCUCAAAGCAAAGGGACUGAAGCCCAUGGACUCAAACGGACUGGCAGAUCCUUAUGUCAAGCUUCAUCUGCUGCCAGGGGCUAGUAAGUCUAACAAGCUGCGCACAAAGACCCUGAGAAACACCCGCAACCCUGCUUGGAAUGAGACGCUCACCUACCACGGCCUGACCGAUGAGGACAUGCAGCGCAAGACCCUCAGGCUGUCUGUCUGUGAUGAAGACAAGUUCGGACAUAAUGAGUUUAUUGGGGAAACCCGAGUGGCGCUGAAGAAACUGAAGAUGAACCAGAAGAAAAACUUCAACGUGUGUCUCGAGAGAGUUGUCCCUACGAAGAGAACUGCAACAGCCGGGGGUGCCAGAGGCAUCGCUCUCUACGAAGAUGAGUCAGGGAAAGAUGGCGGCGAGGUCGAGGAGCGGGGUCGGAUUCUGAUCUCCCUCAUGUACAACACCCAGACGAACCGUCUCGUUGUGGGAGUUGUGCGCUGCGUUCACCUGGCUGCCAUGGAUGCUAAUGGCUACUCUGACCCAUAUGUCAAAAUAUGUCUGAAACCUGACAUGGGGAAGAAGGGCAAGUGCAAAACACAAAUCAAGAAGAGGACUUUAAACCCAGAGUUUAAUGAGGAAUUCAACUAUGACAUCAAACACAGUGAACUGGCCAAGAAGACCUUAGAUAUCUCUGUGUGGGAUUAUGAUAUUGGGAAGUCCAACGACUACAUCGGUGGGUGUCAGCUAGGUAUCUCUGCCAAAGGAGAGAGACUGAAGCACUGGUAUGAGUGUUUGAAGAACAAGGACAAGAAGAUUGAGCGUUGGCACACCUUGUAUAUUGAGAAUCAUGUUGCUAGUGAUUAACCCCCCCCCCCAUACAGCAUGAGCUGCAUUCAUCUCCUAACUGCACUUUUUUUAAUGUUAUUGUUCUUUCACUACCUGACCAUCACACAGGCUUACUCUCUUCCUUUUCUGUGAUAGUAUACUCUUCUUUCCUGUCCUCUUACUAACAAUGUAUGUGCCUGUGCUGAUAUUUAAUCUGCCUCUGGGACAAAUCAUGUCAUAAAUCAAUUAGAGAUUUUACUAAUGUAACCAAGACAUCUGUCAACGAUCAGCUGCACGAGGACCAUCAUGCCCAUCGGUGAUGUUAUAUAGCGUGCUGAACUUGACCCAUUCUUUGCUAAAGAAAAUGAAGUUUGAAUUGCACUGGCACAGAACAAGAAUAGCAAUUUGUUAUGUCACCUGAAGUGAAAACCAUUGUUCAAAGUCAUAAAAUCCUCGAUUAAGCUCAUGUCUGAAAGGAUACUAUUUAUUUGAUUUGUCGUGUGAUUACAUCAUGCUGUAGUGUAACACUUGAACUGUAUAAGCAUGCGAAGCCACAGACAUAAGAAAACAUGCAGCUGCGCCUUUAAAUAUUUCAACUGUGCCCACUGUCUUGAACAUAUUGUAUAUUUCCAUGACAAAAUGUUUACAUACUGAUACAUGGCUCAGGUUAGGAUAGACAUCUGAUACACGGAUGAUUCAUCAGUCAGUGGACCAUGAGCUGGAUGAAUCUUUUAUCAGUUGAUGUUAAUUUGUGAUUUAAAAUUAUAGCACACCUAGUGAAAUAUUCGGACUUUUUAUGUAUGUUUAUUCAAGCUGUGACUUUUGAUUUGGGGGAAGUAUUAACUGUGUAAUUGGAGAAACUGAAAAGUGAACAAUUAUUUUUCUUAGUUACAGUGAGAAUUGGCAGGAAAAAGAAUUUUCCUCCUGCUACCUCUACUCUUCAGAAGCUUGGGGCUCACUUGGUCACGCUGAGGUUUUCUACUGUAGUGUUUACACUGAAUGCACACGGCCAGAUCUCUCACAUGUUUCCCUAAACCGCGUGGCUGCCCCCUUUAACAAAGAGAGAAGGUGGAACAGGUUAUGUCAUAAGUAUGUGCAGCUUUACCUGCAUGCACUGUGCUUGUGACUGCCGUGUCUGGAGGAGUCAUGGCCGGCUUUUACUCCAACGCACAUUUUGCACAAAGCAGGGCUCUUUCCCCUCUGCCACACCCCAAUCAUUCAAGGCUUUAGUGUGUGUUUGUUCACUAAUUACAGCAAACCAAGGAAAGCACACCUUACAAAGUGGAAUGACCUCAAUUUAUACAGCUGUUUGCAAGUUAUUCCAAUGUCAAAACAAAGACAAAAACAAAAAAUCCUAUGCAUGAAGUGUCUUGUGGUUCAAGAUAUAUGUGUAUAUAUAUAUAUAUAUAUAUAUAUAUAUAUAUAUAUAUAUAUAAAAUAUUAGUAAGAAAUUAAUGCUAUUGUAAUUCCAUUAAUGUUUACACUUCUCCAUAACAUUCCUGUUAAUACUUUGUAUACAAGAGGCCAUAUUCUGCAUGACUAUGGUGACUAUGGUGUAAUCUGAAUAAACUGAUCGCAUCCACAGAUAGACUGAUAAGCAACUGAGCACACCAACAAAAUAUUUUCAUCUCUAUCAGCAGCAGAUAGUGAGGUGGAUCUCAUUCUUUGAAUGAGGCUUUCUGUAUAUACAUAUUCAAAUCUCUCCAGUGUCUUGUUCUUCUCUGCCACUCAACCCCACUGUGGCAGUGAUUCAAAGACCCACCAGUAGCAUCACAUACUGCCCUAUGCUGUGCUACUUUAGCUACUGCGAUCAUCUGAUGAUGAUCAUGAUAAAUUAUAAUCAAUAUUUUUUUUAAACAGGCUUCUCUCUGAGAUACAUUCAUAGCUGUCUUCUACUUGAGUCUGCCAGUUUAGUGGAAUGUUUCCUGGUUUAUCUCUGUAUUUGUACAUAGUUAGUGCAUGCACUGGAAAUAUGUAUGUUUGCAAAUAACUUUGCAUGUAAAGAUUUUGCAGAGAGUUUACACAGAUCAAUAAAAUCUAAUGAAAUCUGA